GUGCCUUGAGCACCGGGAGCACUUUGCCCCAGACCCGGCUUCCAACCCUGGUGCCAUCCAGCAGGCUGACCAGGAUGGACUCUACUCAUUCCUUCAGGAUGGAGCUGGACUCAGUGCUGUCGCUUGACCAGAUACGUGCCAUUCGGGCUAACAAUGACUAUGUGGAGCGGCCCGUGGCACUGGAACCUGCAACGCAGUCUGGAUUCUUUUUGGUCCACGAUGACCGUUACCCUCACGGUGCAUACAUCCAUCACCCCCAGCCUUCCUUCCCCUCAGCCAUGUCCCGCAGCCAAAGUCAACAGCAGCACACUCAUCUUUCCCAUUUGAGCCGUUCCAGUACCAUAAGCUCUUCUAUGUCACGAACAAGUGCCACCUCAGACCAGCGGCUACUGGCAGGUUUGACACCAUCUCACUCUGGCUUAGGUUCGGUGGUCCAUUCGCAGCCUAAAGGGGACCUGAAGCCUGAUUCUUUUGGUAAACGCCUGGCGGAAGAUGAGGCUGAACUCAGUCUCCAUCAGUUCAUCUGCGAGAGGUGUGGCCGCUGUAAAUGCCAAGAGUGCUGCGCCCCGCGCCGCCUGCCUUCUUGCUGGGCCUGUGGACAACGCUGUCUGUGUUCUGCUGAGAAUGCCGUGGAGUAUGGCACAUGCUUGUGCUGUGUUAAAGGUUUAUUCUAUCACUGCUCUGCCCAGGAUGAUGAAGAUAACUGUGCUGACCAGCCAUGUUCCUGUGCUCCAGCCCACGCCUGUGCCCGCUGGAGCACAAUGGGACUGCUGGCGCUAUGUCUGCCCUGCCUUUGCUGCUACCCCCCUGCCAGGCUGUGCCUUGCUCUGUGCCGGUGUGCCCACGACCGGGCUACGCGGCCCGGCUGCAGGUGCAGCAACACCAACACUGUGUGUCGCAAGAUUUCCAAUUCCAACCCUAAUCCUUGCCAUCCCUCGCUCCGCAGCAAAGCUCUGGAGAAACCGUUAUGACAGGCUUGAAUGAGGGCCAAGUAAAUGAAUUUCCCCUCAGAUGUGGCCAAAAGCAAUGCUGUCACCAAUCAACGGUCCCUCAGUUGACAUCAUGACGACAGUGCCAUUGUGACCCAACUACCUACGUAUGACAAGCCAACCAAUCACCCAACCAACCAAACAACCAAGUUGUUCACCUAACGUACCUUUAUUUCUCCAACUCAGGAGGGACCAAAGCUUUAAUGUGCCUGCUUAUGUUGGAGAAUUAAUGCCUAUGUUGAAGAAUAAGAAGCUGUUGUGCUUUGCUGGACCGAUCCUUAAACCUUAACCAAGACACCAAGACAAAAAACAAGGCAAAACAAAACAAAAAAACAUGCUUUCUAUGGUGCAAUCUCGGCAUGUUAAAAUGUAUUUAUUUAUUAUUGAACCUCCUCCCUUCUCAACCCUUUGCCACUCUCUGUGCUAAUUCUUUGCAAAGGAAUCGCUCGCAAAGGAAAGAGGCCUGCAUAUGGACUUUGCAAACAGAUUCUGACCUGAUCAGAAGAAGUGUGAGAGAUGGAGGUUAAAACUACAACGAGAUUCAGAACUUUGAAAAGACGUUAAAGAUGAACGAGGAAGCCAGUGUUGUACUGAGGUGAACGUCUUACUGAGACUCAGCAAAGCACCAAGAUAUAAAGUGAGAUGAACGACACCUGUGACAACAGUUUGACACCAAAAAGGGACCAUUCACUGUAACAAACGGUGUGAAUUUCAAUGUUAUUAAGCUCAUUUGUAAACGAAAAGCACUGUGAGGUAGAUGGACAAUGUUUUCCCUGUGAGCCCAGAGCUCAUUGGGGGAUUAUUUAACCAGAGGGAGGAUGCAUCUAUUGUGAGGCAGCGUGUGUGCGUGUCCGUCUGUGUGUGUCCUCCUACUGUGCAACAACCUGUGUAUGAGCCUGUGUGUUUGUUGUUUUAUCAGCAGAAGAAGCCUGCCUUGUGUUAUUUUUAGCAGUCCUGCUUCGCUGGAGCUCUGAGGGUCUGGUCGGGUUUCCUCCUGAAGCCAGCCUGUCGCCAACCUCCCUCGCUCCC